UAGGACUGUUGUGCCUGUUACAUGGUGCAGAUGGUGCUGGGUAUCGCUGUCAUUUGUUAGACUGGAGCAAAGAUUGUCUUAAGAGGAUUUUAUUCUACUGGGGGUAAUGCUCAUGUCUUUUGCCCUCCGUGGGUGCUGUGUGAAGCACUAUGUACAGCCUUUCUUUUGUAAUGCCCGGACACUUGCUAGAAACUUGAAUACCAGAGGGCUAGUGACAUUCAGCAACAAGCAGUUUGUCAAGAGAUCCUCUUUACGGUUUGCCAAUCAGAUACGAGGAGCCAAAACCCACAGAAACAAACAGUAUAACCAACAGGAUGAUUGGAAACAUAAGAACAAGACCAUUCUUACGUAUAUUGUAGCAGCUGGGGUUGGAAUGAUUGGCAUGUCAUAUGCUGCUGUGCCACUCUACAGACUUUACUGCCAGGCAACAGGACUAGGGGGCACAGCGAUAGCGGGACAUGAUGCAGACUUGGUCGAGAAAAUGAAGCCAGUUAAGGAGCGUGUCAUUAAAGUCACAUUUAAUGCUGACACGCAUGCCAGCCUCCAGUGGAACUUCCGUCCACAGCAGUCAGAGAUUUAUGUUGUACCAGGAGAAACUGCACUGGCAUUUUACAGAGCACAAAAUCCCACCGACAAGCCUGUGAUUGGAAUUUCUACAUACAAUGUUGUGCCUUUUGAAGCUGGCCAGUAUUUUAACAAGAUUCAGUGCUUCUGCUUUGAAGAACAACUGUUAAACCCUCGAGAAGAGGUGGACAUGCCUGUUUUCUUUUAUAUUGACCCAGAGUUUGACGAUGACCCCAGAAUGGCACAGGUUGACACAAUUACACUAUCUUAUACCUUUUUCGAAGCGAAAGAAGGACAAAAGUUACCCCUUCCUGGGUACAGUUAAAUAAGCAGCACACACUGUAUUCUGUUAAGACUUUAUAUUUCAAAUUGUAACAGAGAGAGAGAGAUCGAGGUAUUUAUAGAAUAUCAAAUUGCUGCAGGCAUUUUGUCAAUGUAAGUAUGAUGUCUGUGAAUAUGUUGUGGCUAAUACAACAUGCUAUUUUAAUGAAA